CUUUUUUCGAACGCAGAACUGUAUUUUACAUGAGAUUUUGAAAUGUAUGUAAAGAUUUUCUAAUAAAUAUUCACCAAUGGCCUCGAUAUUUCCAUCUGGAUUGAGAAAUGGGUUAGUGUUAACACUCGGUAUCAGUAACUCAAGUAUCAGUUAUCAAAUAUAUUUGUAUUGGGAAAAUGGCAUUAGAAAAUAAGGAAGUCAGUGGGAUCAAUGAUGUGGAUGUGGGUUCUAACGAAUUGAGCGUUGAAGAGACAAUGAAAAAUCAAGAUGCACCAACAGAAAUACUAGAGGAAGUCAAAGGUUUGGAUGCAAAUCGCUAUGCAACCAAAAAGACCGUCGCUCAGGGCAUGUUGGAUAUAGCUUUGUUGACUUCAAACGCCUCGCAGUUGAAAUAUGUCCUGCAGGUUGGGCCACGUCAUGAGUUUUAUAUGCUGCUCGUGGUUCUGAUAUCUAUUUCCAUUGUACUACAGGCGAGCGCGGGAAUCCUAGCCAUAAUAAUUUCAUCUCUGGAUGGAGAGCAUAGCAUAAAACAGAAGAAAAUCGCUGAUUUUCUAUAUCAUGUAUCUGUGGCAUUGAUGACAGGUGUUGUAUUCUGUGAUGUCUUAAAAAUGACGUUUGGUUUGGAUCCGGCGCUCUCCGAACAAGACCAUUUUUAUAAUAAAAGUCACAGUAGUUUUUAUAAUAUUAUGAAUUUUCAUUAAUAAAUAAAUCGUGAAGGUAUCUUUAAGCAAGUAAUUUUAAUAUUUAUAAUGACACUAUCUAUAAUUAAUACGUACAUAGAAAAGUAUGCUCAUCCCAAGUUUGCAUCGUCAAGCUACAAACGGAGCGUUACCAGUUAUUUAUUCAUAAAUAUUCGUUAAUGUCGGUUAUCCUAUGAGAAUCGGUAAACGCUUCGUAUGAACUGUGUCGAAGCAAACUUGUCUUAAACAAUAAUAGAUAUUUCAGGUUCUGCUUGUAUUAAAAUGUUUAUAUUUUUUAUUAUAUUUAUCUUUUUUUUUCUUAGGUAUUUUCGGCAGUAGCGUGCACAGUCCUCGGUUUCAUUUUUGAUAUUAAUCACCAGCCUCAUCACCGCACUUGUGAAGUAUUAAAUAACCUGUCUUUAUUAUUCAAAGGCUUAAGUACAAUACUGAAUGUUAUUAUUUCU